UGUACAGCAAGAGCAAGAGCAAGAACAUCAACAACAUGGCCUCCAACUUGUACCACUUCAUGGACCAACAGCCGACCUUUGUACCGCCACCCCAGAACACGGUGCUGCAGGAGGCCCCGAAGGAGAAGAAGAAGAGAACCAGAAACCCGGAGAACUGGAAGAAGGAGAAGAGGAAGCGAGCCAUCUUGUCCGGGCGGCCUUAUGUUAAUACCAAGGGCGAGCUCGUGGGGCCUCGAGCUAUAGGGCCGGACUGCAACUGCAAGAAUAAGUGCUUCCAGGCUGUGAAUGACGAUAACCGCAACGCCAUAUUCAACGGUUAUUACUCCCUCAACAGCUAUGACGAGCAGAACGCCUACCUCUACGGCCUCAUCCGGCGCCACGACAUCCAGCGGAAGAGGAAGCCGGUUUCGGAGCGACGGACGUGCUCCUACAAGUACUACGUUCGCAUCAAGGGCAAGGAAAUUCAGGUGUGCAAGAAAGCCUUUGCCAACAUCCACGGCAUAUCGGACAAGAAGAUCCGAACCCUUUGCAUCAAGCAUGAGCAGAACAUCCUCUUUCCCCGUGACAACAGAGGCCGCCACAGAAACAGACCCAAAAAGGUGACCCCAGAGCUGGUGACAUUGAUCAAGCACCACAUCCUCAAAAUGCUCUCGGGCCCCAACGGCAGCGACUAUAUCAAGACGGAGAAGAACCAGGGCCCGGACGUCAACAUAUCCAAGCUGCACAAGAACUUCCUGCAGCAGUAUGAACCCGAGGCUAUUGAUAUGGAGACUGACAAGGUGAUCAAGGACUACGACGCCAAGGUCAAGUCGUGGCUGUACUUCAAGGUGUUUCAUGAGGAGUUCAAAUCGAUGGACUUCAACACGGUCAAGAGAAAGUUGUCCGACCUCCGCAAGAGUCUGGAGGCCUCGGGGGCACUGCAGACAACCAAGAAGAAGGCCCCAAGCAAGUCACGGUCUCGGCAGCGCACGCAAGACAACCAGAACGCCCGUGCAGCUGCCGCCGCCGCCGCCAACACCACCACGCUGGCCGAGGUGCCCACACAGGCGCUGGGCGUGGCCAUGACGGCCGCUCCCGGCACCCAAAUGACCGGUUACAUGGGGCCACAGCAGCCGCACACCCUCCCGCCUAACCUGCAGCUGAGUGUGUUGGGGCUGCAGCACACCGGGGCGCCCUUCAACCCCGCUGCAGCCCAACAGCCACAGCAGCAGCCCCUCAACCUCCAGACUGGGGGCAACGGGGGCGGCCAAGUUGGGGAGCAGCCGCAGGCCCUCCCCUUGAACCUCCACUCCAUGGGGGGCCACAUGCCAUCCUACUACCUCUCCCUGAGCCACAUGUCCAACCUCAUCUCUCUGCCUGUGUCCUCGGGGGGAGCGGUGCAGUCGGCCGGCACGCAGACGGCGAACUUCCCAGCGCAGCACAACAUGCAACAGUUCAUCCCCACGCACAGCACUGUCAGCGCCCAGACCGAGGCGGGGCCGGGGGGGCAGCCACACAUCAUCCAGGGGGGGGUGGGGGUCACCUACACGGCAGCGCCCCAGCACAACCCCAACAUGUACUGACCCACAAGGCCGCCCCAACACAACCCUAAUAUGUACUGACAAAACGAGGCUGCCCCGGCGGCACACACAGCAUGCGCUAACAAGCCGAGGUCAGCCCAGCAACACCCCAGCCUGUACGCCCCCCAAGGCUGCCCGGCCAACACUAAUAUCCACCGGCAAGCUGAUUGACUGUCUUGGGGUAUAUAGUCAUGGCGCUGCAACUACAGUGGUCGUAUGGCGCACUGACAAGACGAUGCAGACUGCUGUGGCCGAGCCUUUAUAGGGCAUGUGUGGGGUAUGAAGGCCUUUUGUUCCCCCUCUUAAUAAAAUGCCCUGGUCCCUUGUGGCAUAUGAGA